UGCUCAUUGCCUUGUGCCCUGCUUCCAUCCCUCUGGUUCGCGAGCGCCGGCGGCGGCUUUGGUAGAGACGGCAGAGAGCGCAGCGAGCUAGGGCUAGAAGAGGCGAGGAGAUCCAGCCAUGGGGCGAAGGAUCCUCAACGACGCGCUGCGCACCAUGGUGAACGCGGAGCGGCGCGGGUUUGCGACGGCGAAGCUCCAGCCCAUCUCCGGCGUCAUGAUCUCCUUCCUCAACAUCAUGAAGCACCGAGGUUACAUAAAAAAUUUCGAGGUCUUCGAUCCACACAGGGUGGGAAAAAUUACUGUGGAACUUCAGGGGAGGAUUAAAGACUGCAAAGCUCUUACUUACAGACAGGACCUCAGAGCUACGGAAAUAGAAAAAUACAGAACUCGGAUGCUUCCAACACGGCAGUGGGGCUAUGUUGUGGUGACCACUCCAAAUGGUGUUUUAGAUCACGAAGAAGCAAUUAGGCAGAAUGUAGGUGGCCAGGUCCUCGGUUACUUCCAUUGAGAAGGACAUAAUUAUCUCUUGCUGAAUCAGCCCGUGGGGUGUGCCUUGUUAUCUUUCUGCUAUGACUGAACUCAUGUUGUUUGGAUUUUUAAGCUUGUUGUUUUUUGGUCAUGACCAACAGAAAUAUGCGAUUACAUGUGAAAAGUAUGUCUCACGACACUAACAUAAAAGUGUAAUCCUUCUCCAGGACAGAUAUUUAUGUAGGUGUAAUGCACCCCUGUACUUGGAAAUAAACGAGUAGACCCUAGUUGGGGCAUCUUUUA